UGAUCAUAUCCUUGGUGAUCUAUCGUGGGAAGGUCAAUAGGGUGUAAUUAGCAGCAGGAUUAAAAAGAGAGGCUGCGCUCCAGGAGCCUGCUUCUCCUUGCUGUGGCUUUUUCGGCAUGCAUCUCACAUCUCCCUGCUUGUGGCUGGCUGAUGAGCGUGCGCUGCUACUGCCGGCACACACAUACUUCGGCGCUUUCCCGGAGAGUGGAGCAUUAGCAACUGCAGUUGGGGAAAGGACUCCAGCCUCCCUGGCUUGAGGGCGAGAAGCCACUGUCUGAUCCUGUUGGGAGGAAGGAGACGGCAACUACCCUGGAGGCAAGUUUCAAAAGGACCUCUCCGCACCUCCUGUCAACAGCAAAAAAAGUGCCACUGAUGCUGAGCGCACUUUCAGCAGCAUUCCAGGCACAUCAAGGGCAUACACCGGCGUAAAACAUUGGCUGCCUUGGAAGGUGGGGGGAAGUCCACGACUCAAGACUUCAGUGAAUGGGAUGCGAAUGGACAUUUCCAUGACAGCCUGGAUGGAUACCCUUUAUUUCUUUGCAAAAACAGUUUCCUCACUUCUUCGUGGGUGUUGAAGGAAGGUGCUAAUUAAGGACUCUUGGUCACUGCAUAUAGAUCCUGAAGGAAUUAAACUUCUCCCAAAACUACAGGAAGGAAGAUCCAGUCCAUUGCUUAGCAAGCGCAUUUGGGUGAUGUCACGGGUGCUACAUAACCAUGCGAUGACUCACGGCGUUGGCUACGUGAUGACUCACAAAAGCUGCCUUCCAGUAUCCACUUAAACCUAAUGUUCUUCUGGGCUGGCGUUAAAGGAAGAUCAGAUGACACCAAAGAGGGAUUUGCAGAGCUUCAGGCCCCUGCUAUUCCUGCUUCUACUGUAAUGGAGCCAGGUAAACUGCAAUCAACACAUGUCCAGGUUAAGGCUGCAUACUUCAAGGAUCUUUUGAUGGAUUAUUCCUAGAUCUUUCCAACAGAACAUUCCGAUCUGAUUGCCUCACGGACGCCGUUUCUUUGAUGUUGAAGACAGAGACGAGAGGGCCAUGGAUGUGAAGGAAAGGAAGCCGUAUCGUUCUCUGACCAGGCGCCGCGAUGCAGAGCGCCGCUACACCAGCUCGUCCGCAGAGAGCGAGGACAGCAAGAUACCUCAGAAGUCGUACAGCUCCAGCGAGACUCUGAAGGCUUAUGAUCAGGACUCCAGGCUGACAUACGGCAACCGGGUGAAAGAAAUGGUGCACCAGGAAGUGGACGAGUACUGCCGAACAGGAGCCAACUUUUCCUUGCGAGAGCUGGGCCUCGAAGACGUAUCGCCUCCGCCGCACGGGACUCUGUACCGGACAGAUAUAGGGCUGCCCCACUGCGGCUACUCCAUCAGCGCCGGCUCGGACGCCGACACGGAAGCCGAUGCGGUCAUGUCCCCGGAGCACCCUGUGAGGCUGUGGGGGCGCAACCCCAAGUCGGGCCGCAGUUCCUGCUUGUCCAGUCGAGCCAACUCCAACCUCACCCUCACCGAUACGGAACACGACAACACCGAAACCGAUCAUCCGCCGAGUCUUCAGAACCACUCCAGGCUCCGAACCCCCCCGCCUCCACUUUCCCACGCUCACACGCCAAACCAACAUCACGCGGCCUCCAUCAACUCUCUUAAUCGAGGGAACUUCACCCCGCGCAGCAAUCCCAGCCCCGCUCCGACGGACCACUCCCUUUCUGGAGAGCAGCAAGCUGGGACGCAAGAGCCCACCCAUGCUCAGGACAACUGGCUGCUUAACAGUAACAUCCCCCUCGAGACAAGAAACAUAGCAAAGCAGACAUUCCUAGAGACAUUGCAGGACAACCUCAUUGAGAUGGACAUUCUCACCUCCUCCCGACAUGACGGUGCUUUCAAUGAUGGGCACUUCCUGUUCAAACCAGGAGGCACCUCUCCCCUCUUUUGUACAACAUCUCCAGGAUACCCCUUGACGUCCAGCACUGUGUACUCGCCUCCCCCUAGACCUCUUCCCAGGAGUACAUUUUCUAGGCCAGCCUUUAACCUGAAGAAACCCUAUAAGUACUGUACGUGGAAAUGUGCUGCUUUGAGUGCCAUCAUCAUCUCGGUCACACUGGUGAUACUGCUGGCUUAUUUUAUCGCCAUGCACCUGUUUGGCCUAAACUGGCACCUGCAGCCGAUGGAAGGGCAGAUGUUUGAGAUGACGGAAGACACGGCCAGCAGUUGGCCAGUGCCAACGGACGUCUCCUUAUAUUCCUCAGGGGGCACGGGGUUAGAGGUACCUGACAGGAAAGGCAAAGGAGCCGGCGAAGGGAAGCCCAGUAGUUUCUUUCCGGAAGACAGUUUUAUAGACACCGGGGAGAUUGAUGUUGGCAGGCGAGCCAUGCAGAAGAUCCCUCCCGGUAUCUUUUGGAGAUCUCAGGUGUUCAUUGACCACCCGGUACACCUGAAGUUCAACGUUUCAUUAGGGAAGUCUGCCCUGGUUGGGAUUUAUGGCAGGAAAGGCCUCCCCCCUUCACACACACAGUUCGACUUUGUGGAGCUUCUGGAUGGGAGGAGACUGCUAACUCAGGAGGCCCGAAGUCUGGAAGGCCCUCAGCGGCAGCAAAAGGGCUUUGUGCCCUUAGCCAGCCACGAGACGGGAUUUAUUCAGUAUUUGGAUUCAGGGAUGUGGCACCUCGCCUUUUACAACGACGGGAAGGAGUCUGAGGUGGUCUCGUUUCUCACCACGGCUGUUGAAUCAGUGGAUAACUGCCCUAGCAACUGCUACGGGAACGGGGACUGUGUUUCUGGGACUUGCCAUUGUUUCCUCGGCUUCCUGGGUCCCGAUUGUGGACGAGCAUCUUGCCCGGUCUUAUGCAGCGGCAACGGGCAGUAUAUGAAAGGGCGCUGCUUGUGCCACAGUGGGUGGAAAGGGGCCGAAUGCGACGUCCCGACCAACCAGUGCAUUGACGUCGCCUGCAACAGCCACGGGACCUGCAUCAUGGGCACCUGCAUCUGCAACCCGGGAUACAAAGGAGAGAGCUGCGAGGAAGUGGACUGCAUGGACCCCACCUGCUCCGGGCGCGGCGUUUGCGUGAGAGGGGAAUGCCACUGCUCUGUUGGUUGGGGAGGCACCAACUGCGAGACCCCCAGAGCGACCUGCCUGGACCAGUGCUCUGGCCACGGCACAUUCGUGCCCGAAACCGGCCUGUGCAGCUGUGAUCCCAGCUGGACUGGACACGACUGCGCCAUCGAGAUUUGUGCCGCGGACUGCGGAGGGCAUGGCAUCUGCGUCGGAGGCACCUGCCGUUGCGAGGAAGGGUGGAUGGGCGCCGCCUGCGACCAGCGGUCGUGUCACCCACGUUGCAACGAGCACGGGACGUGCCGGGACGGCAAGUGCGAAUGCAGCCCGGGCUGGAAUGGAGAGCAUUGCACCAUCGAGGGGUGUCCCGGCUUGUGCAACGGCAAUGGCAGGUGCACGCUCGACAUGAAUGGGUGGCGCUGCGUCUGCCAGCUGGGCUGGAGAGGGGCCGGCUGCGACACGUCCAUGGAGACAGCGUGUGGCGACGGGAAGGACAACGACGGAGAUGGACUGAUGGACUGCAUGGAUCCAGACUGCUGCCUUCAGCCGCUGUGCCAUACCAACACACUCUGCCUUGGCUCCCCGGACCCCCUGGAUAUCAUACAGGAGACACAGCCCCCUGUGUCGCAGCAGAACCUUUAUUCGUUCUACGAUCGGAUCAAAUUCCUGGUUGGCAAGGACAGCACACACAUCAUUCCUGGGGAGAAUCCUUUCAACGGAGGCCACCCCUGUGUGAUUCGUGGGCAGGUGAUGACAUCGGACGGGACCCCGCUCGUCGGCGUGAAUAUCAGCUUUGUCAACAACCCUCUUUUCGGCUACACUAUCAGCAGGCAGGAUGGCAGCUUGAAGCCACCGGCCUUGCAAGAAGAGAUUAAAAUCUCAGGCAGCAAAAUCAAGCUGAGCUACCUGAGCAGCCGUACGCCCGGCUACAAAUCGGUCCUGAGGAUCAGCUUGACCCAUCCGACCAUCCCGUUCAACCUCAUGAAAGUCCAUCUCAUGGUAGCCGUAGAGGGACGCCUAUUCAGGAAGUGGUUCGCUGCAGCCCCGGAUCUCUCCUACUACUUCAUAUGGGACAAGACCGACGUCUACAACCAGAAGGUGUAUGGGUUAUCAGAGGCCUUUGUUUCGGUGGGCUAUGAAUACGAAUCGUGUCCGGACCUGAUCCUGUGGGAGAAGCGAACGGCGGUGCUCCAAGGUUACGAGAUCGAUGCUUCCAAACUCGGAGGGUGGUCCCUGGACAAGCACCACGCCCUCAACAUCCAGAGCGGUAUCCUGCACAAAGGAAAUGGGGAGAACCAGUUCAUCUCCCAGCAGCCCCCUGUCAUAGGGAGCAUCAUGGGGAACGGCCGCAGGCGGAGCAUCUCCUGCCCCAGUUGCAAUGGCCUCGCUGAUGGGAACAAGCUUCUGGCUCCUGUUGCCUUGACUUGCGGCUCGGACGGAAGCCUUUAUGUCGGGGACUUCAACUACAUCCGUAGAAUAUUCCCCUCCGGAAACGUCACCAAUGUGCUGGAAUUAAGCCAUAGCCCCGCCCAUAAGUACUACCUGACCACGGACCCCAUUUCCGGAUCCAUCUACCUCUCCGACACCAACAGCCGCCGUGUCUUUAGAAUCAAGUCGAUCGCCGUGGUGAAAGACGUUGUGAAGAACUCGGAGGUGGUGGCCGGAACAGGAGACCAGUGCCUUCCCUUUGAUGACACCCGCUGCGGAGACGGAGGGAAAGCGACUGAGGCCACGCUCACAAACCCUAGGGGCAUCACCGUGGACAAAUUUGGGUUCAUCUAUUUUGUGGAUGGCACCAUGAUCCGGCGCAUCGAUCAGAACGGGGUCAUCUCAACGGUGCUUGGUUCCAAUGACCUAACAUCCGCCCGGCCUCUCAGCUGUGACUCGGUCAUGGAUAUCUCCCAGGUCCGCCUAGAGUGGCCUACGGACUUGGCGGUUAACCCAAUGGACAAUUCUCUGUACGUCCUCGACAACAACGUCGUACUGCAGAUCUCCGAAAACCACCAAGUGCGAAUCCUGGCAGGGAGGCCGAUGCAUUGCCAGGUUCCAGGCAUCGACCACUUCCUUCUCAGUAAGGUGGCCAUCCAUGCGACCUUGGAAUCGGCCACAGCUCUGGCCGUCUCUCACAGCGGCGUUCUGUACAUCACGGAGACGGACGAGAAGAAGAUCAACCGCAUCAGGCAGGUCACCACCAACGGGGAAAUCUCUCUGGUGGCCGGCGCCCCGAGCGGCUGCGACUGCAAAAACGACGUCAGCUGCGAUUGCUUUUCCGGCGACGACGGCUACGCAAAGGAUGCCAAGCUCAACGCCCCUUCCUCCCUCGCGGUGUGCGCGGACGGAGAGCUGUACGUGGCCGACCUCGGGAACAUCCGGAUCCGUUUCAUCCGGAAGAACAAGCCGUUCCUCAACACGCAGAACUUGUACGAAUUGUCCUCGCCCAUCGACCAAGAGCUCUACUUGUUUGACACCAGCGGCAAACACCUUUUCACCCAGAGCCUCCCCACCGGAGAUUACCUCUACAACUUCACCUACACGGGAGACGGGGAAAUCACCCUGAUCACCGACAACAAUGGAAACAUGGUCAACAUCCGGAGGGAUUCCACCGGGAUGCCGCUCUGGCUGGUGGUGCCGGACGGGCAGGUCUACUGGCUGACCAUUGGCACCAACAGCGCCCUGAAGAGCGUGACAGCCCAGGGUCACGAGGUGGCCAUGAUGACCUAUCACGGCAUUUCUGGCCUCCUUGCCACCAAGAGCAAUGAAAACGGGUGGACGACGUUUUAUGAGUAUGACAGUUUUGGCCGCCUCACCAACAUCACUUUCCCUACCGGUCAAGUCAGCAGUUUCCGCAGUGACACAGACAGCUCCGUGCAUGUCCAGGUUGAGACCUCCAGCAAGGAUGACGUCACCAUCACAACCAACCUCUCGGCCUCGGGCGCCUUCUACACCCUCUUGCAAGAUCAGGUGCGAAACAGCUAUUACAUCGGUGCAGAUGGCUCCCUGCGGCUCAUCCUGGCUAACGGCAUGGAGGUGGCCCUGCAGACUGAGCCUCAUCUUCUGGCUGGCACAGUUAACCCUACGGUGGGGAAGAGGAAUGUAACCCUCCCCAUUGACAAUGGUCUCAACCUGGUUGAGUGGAGGCAGCGCAAAGAGCAGGCCAGGGGCCAGGUCACCGUCUUCGGGCGCAGGUUGAGGGUUCACAACAGGAACUUGCUGUCGUUGGACUUUGACCGUGUGACGAGGACAGAGAAGAUCUACGACGACCACCGCAAGUUCACCCUGCGGAUUCUUUAUGACCAAGCCGGACGGCCCACUCUUUGGUCUCCUAGCAGCAGGUUGAACGGGGUCAACGUAACUUACUCCUCGGGAGGACAUAUUGCUGGGAUCCAAAGGGGAACCAUGUCGGAAAGGAUGGAAUACGACCAGUCCGGCAGGAUUACGUCCAGAAUCUUUGCCGAUGGCAAAUCUUGGAGCUACACGUACUUGGAGAAGUCCAUGGUGCUGCUUCUCCACAGCCAGCGGCAGUACAUUUUCGAGUUCGAUAAGAACGACCGCUUGUCGUCGGUGACCAUGCCCAACGUAGCCCGGCAGACCUUUGAAACGAUCCGCUCCAUUGGCUACUACCGGAACAUUUACAGGCCCCCCGAGGGAAACGCCUCAGUCGUUCAGGACUUCAACGAGGAGCGGCAGCUUCUCCACACCUAUCAUCUGGGGACGGGGAGGCGGGUCAUCUACAAGUACGGCAAGCUGUCCAAGCUGGCCGAAAUGCUCUAUGACACCACCAAGAUCAGCUUCACUUACGACGAAACCGCCGGCAUGCUGAAGACCAUAAACCUGCAAAACGAAGGGUUCACCUGCACCAUCCGGUACCGGCAGAUCGGGCCGCUCAUCGACCGGCAGAUCUUCCGCUUCACAGAGGAAGGCAUGGUGAACGCCCGCUUCGAUUACAACUACGACAACAGCUUCCGGGUGACUAGCAUGCAAGCGGUGAUCAACGAGACACCAUUGCCCAUCGACCUCUACCGGUACGAUGAUGUGUCGGGCAAGACGGAGCAGUUCGGCAAGUUCGGGGUCAUCUACUACGACAUCAACCAGAUCAUCACCACCGCCGUCAUGACUCACACGAAACACUUUGACGCUUACGGCAGGAUGAAGGAAGUGCAGUACGAGAUAUUCAGGUCCCUUAUGUACUGGAUGACGGUGCAGUACGACAACAUGGGGAGGGUGGUGAAGAAGGAGCUGAAGGUUGGCCCGUACGCAAACACGACAAGGUAUUCUUACGAGUACGAUGCUGACGGGCAGCUGCAGACCGUGUCGAUCAACGAGAAACCGCUCUGGCGGUACAGCUACGACCUGAACGGGAAUCUCCAUUUGCUGAGCCCUGGCAACAGCGCCCGCCUCACGCCUCUAAGGUACGACCUUAGGGAUAGGAUCACGAGGCUGGGGGACGUGCAGUAUAAGAUGGACGAAGAUGGCUUCUUGAAGCAAAGAGGGAACGAUGUUUUUGAGUACAACUCCGCGGGGCUUCUCAUCAAGGCGUACAACAAAGCCAGCGGCUGGAGCGUGAAGUACCGCUAUGACGGACUUGGGAGGAGGGUCUCCAGCAAAACGGCCCACGGCCACCACCUGCAGUUUUUCUACGCGGAUCUCACCAACCCCACCAAAGUCACCCACCUGUACAACCACUCCAGCUCUGAGAUAACGUCCCUCUAUUACGACCUGCAGGGCCACCUCUUUGCCAUGGAGCUCAGCAGCGGGGACGAGUUCUACAUUGCUUGCGACAACAUCGGGACUCCUCUGGCCGUCUUCAGCGGGACAGGCCUCAUGAUCAAGCAGAUCCUGUACACGGCUUAUGGGGAGAUCUACAUCGACACCAACCCAAACUUCCAGAUCAUCAUUGGCUACCAUGGAGGCCUCUACGAUCCCCUCACCAAACUGAUACACAUGGGGAAGAGAGACUAUGAUGUGCUCGCCGGCCGGUGGACCAGCCCAGACCACGACAUUUGGAAACGUCUCAGCAGCAGCAAUAUAAUGCCUUUCAGUCUCUACAUGUUCAAGAAUAACAAUCCUAUCAGUAACUCUCAGGAUAUCAAGUGCUACAUGACAGAUGUCAACAGCUGGCUGCUCACAUUUGGGUUUCAACUGCACAACGUCAUCCCUGGAUAUCCUAAGCCAGACGUGGAUGCUGUAGAGCCGUCCUAUGAACUCAUCCACACCCAACUGAAGACUCAAGAAUGGGACAAUAGCAAGUCGAUCCUGGGAGUGCAGUGCGAAGUGCAGAAGCAGCUGAAGGCUUUCGUCACCCUGGAGCGCUUUGAGCAGAUCUACAGCUCCAGCCUCGCCGGCUGCCACGAAACCAAGGAGAACCACAACUUUGCCUCGGGGGGCUCCGUCAUCGGCAAAGGGGUCAAGUUCGCCAUGAAAGACGGCAGGGUGGCCACCGAUAUCAUCAGCACGGCCAACGAAGACGGGCGGAGGGUUGCGGCCAUACUCAACAACGCCCACUACCUAGAGGACUUGCACUUCACCAUCGAGGGUGUGGACACCCACUACUUUGUCAAGCAAGGGCCGUCGGAUGGAGACUUGUCCAUCCUGGGCCUCAGCGGCGGCAGGAGGACCCUGGAGAACGGCGUCAAUGUCACUGUCUCCCAAAUCAACACGGUGCUCAACGGAAGGACUAGACGUUAUACGGACAUCCAGCUCCAGUACGGAGCACUGUGCCUGAACGCCCGGUACGGGACGACCGUGGACGAGGAAAAGACCCGCGUGCUGGAGCUGGCCAGGCAGCGAGCUGUGGCCCAAGCCUGGGCGCAGGAGCAGCAGAGACUGCGGGACGGGGAGGAGGGGACACGCUCCUGGACAGAAGGGGAGAAGCAGCAGUUGCUGAGCACAGGGAGGGUUCAGGGCUACGACGGCUACUUUGUGAUCUCGGUGGAGCAGUACCCCGAACUCUCGGACAGCGCCAACAACAUUCAUUUCAUGAGACAGAGCGAGAUGGGCAGGAGGUGACAGGGAGGGUCGGCGCAUUGACUUCUUGCCAAAGACAGCUACUCUUUUGUGGCCGCAUACCAGACUGUGUUGUACUCAAUCCUCUUUUUUUUUUAAAAAAAGAAACGGUGAUUAAAAAGGUUGGGGUGGAAUGAUAAUACAGUUGCACUGUAACUCAUGCAACAUCCUAUUGUUUUAUUUUUCUCUCUCUCUAAAAAAAAAUUGGCCUUCUCACCCAUUACUAUUAUCAUUUCCCUCCAUGCACACAUGCACACACACACAUGGACCAGAAGGUAUAUUUCACCUUUGUGUGAGCACGGUGGAAAUCCUGUGUCCUUUUCGUCCAUCCUUCUCCCCUUCCCCUUUGUGCAACGUUCUGAAAAAUCGGGGGGAUUUUCCAUGCAAAACCCGUUAGGUUUCUUUGUAGCGGCGAGAAAAGGGUCUCUGAUCAAGUUCGGCGCAAGCCCUGUUUGGGUUGAUAAAGAAGAAAAGGCAAAAGAAGAAGAGGGAGAAUGCGAGCUCUCAGCAUAUUGUGCUGCACACAGCAAAGUGAAGAAGAAGAAGCAGCCGGAGACUGUUCUGAAUCCUCUCUACGUGAUAAAUGUGCGCCUCCAGAUGAGAACUUGCAGGUCAUUUUCACACUCGUUUCUGGGCCAUCCUGCAGCUCAGAAGUAGCCGGGCAAGGCGAAACAGCUGCGUCUUAUAGACUUGCGAGAUGAGUCUUUUCCCUUCCCGAGACGGAAUAAUCUUUUUUUAUUUUUUUUAAACGAGUCUUUUUUACUACGAUAGGCUAUUUUGUUCACCGGUUUGGUUUGGGUUUUUUUGUGUGAGUGCGACAAGAGUACGUAUCGCUGCAAAUCUUCCUCGCUUCUUUUUGUUUGUUUGUUUUUCUAUUAGUUUGAAACCCCAUUUCAG